AUGUUCUCUACCACUUUGACCACCUUCCUUGCCGUCUCGGCUACCUUGGUCUCGGCCGCUACCAUCCCGAUCCGGGACGCCGGCAAGUCCGGUUCAUACAGCAUGACGCCCCACGACUCCUACUCUUCUUCCAUUGGUGUCCUCGGCUGCAAGAUCGACACCAACCGCGUUGCCUACUGGCCCAACCCUCUUAGCUGCAACGACAUCUGUCUUAAGGUCUCCAACGGUGACCGCAGCGUUCACCUCCUCCGCAUCGACCAAUCUGGCGGUGCUUUCGACAUCUCCUACGACGCCUGGAACUACCUCACCACCGGCAAGUCUGCCACUGAGGACCCGACCAUUGGCGGCGGUGUUCUCAUGAACUGGGAGGCCGUCGAUGCCAGCGAGUGCAGCCACCUUCUCAAGGACGGCAAGUUCCCUCUCUCUGCUGCCAACAGCAUGAACUACCUUACCUCCUGCCUCGCCGAGCCCGAUAGCUUCGUCGCCAAGAACUACGCUCUUUACAACAUCCAGAACCCUGCUUGCACUUGGGGUGUCGAUGAGGUCUGCACCCUCAACCUGGCUGUCAGCAACCAGGCUGCCUGCCCUAGUGGCCUCGGCUCCGUCAAGACUUUGACCACCCUGCCUGUUACCAACAUUGGAUACGGCACUGGCAAGACCGCCGUCGCUGUUCAGUGA